AUGUAUAACACACUGCGCAUUAUUUGCAUCAUUGCUCUGCUGGGUGAAGCUGCCAGUGCGCUGGGCGCCAGUAAACAGAGCCAAUCAUUGCCGUUCCCGCUGCAACUGAAGAUUUGGCAAUGCCGCCAACGCUGCUACCACAAGACGCUGCAGCAACUGGAGGAUGUCGCGGUUUCCGGACUCUGUCGCAGUCGUCCCGAUUGCUACAUGUGUCACGACUACUGCCGCGUGCUUGCCAUUGCCGAGUGGAGUCUGGCCGCAUCCAUGUGUGCGGAUCGCAUCUUCUGCAGUCAAGGCUGCCGCACAGCCUGCAACUAUCAUCAGCUGCAUACGGCACUGGAUCCCUUUGCUGCUGCUCUGGCCAACAAUGCGCUGAACAAGGCGUGA